AGAAAAUAUACAUACAUAUAUGAUAUUUCUGAUAGUUGAUAAAUAAACAAAUUAUAAAAAGAAAUGCAUUGCUGUAUUGAUUGGUGCGAAAACCAUGUUUAUAGAACAAGCAAAAAUGUUUCCUUUCAUCAAUUCCCAAAAUCUGAAUUAAUGCAAAAAGAGUGGAUGAAAAUUGUUAAAUUGAACCUUAUCCAUGAGAAAUCACUUGUUUGUUCAAAUCACUUCCACGAAUCUGAUUUUGUCAAAGAUCCGAGCAGAAGAAGAUUACGUCGUUCAGCAAUGCCAAUUAUUUUGGAACCUUCUACAGAACCUCAAGUUCAAAAUAUUUCAAACCUUCCUCUACAACAAAAUGCAAAUAUUUUACAAAAUGAAACAAUUUGUUUACAACCUCCUCCAGAAUUUGAAAACCAGGUUGAAAAUGAUGAUAUAGAAGAUAUAGAAGAAUUAGAAAACCAGAUUGAAAAUGAAGAUAUAGAAGAUAUCCCAUUGUCACCUUUAUCAAGUACAGAUGGUCUUGAUAGUGAGGAUUAUAGUUAUGAAACGGGUGCUAAGAUGAUGAGUUUAAAAAAAGCACUUUACUCAUCCGAUGACUCAUGUUCAUCUUCGGAGUUGACUCCGAAUGGAAAAUUAUUGAAAAAACAACUCAAAAAAUUAAGACAAUCGGUUUUCAAAAGUAAACGACAUUUAAAAACUUUGAAUGAAAGGUUUCGUAGGAAACAAAAAAGUAUAGCCCGUUUAAAUGAGAUAUUUUUGAACCUAAAAAAACAGGACCAUAUUGAAGCAACAGCAAUGGCAACAGCAAUGGCAAGAGAUGCAGCCGAAGCAAUGGCAAAAGCUGCAGCCGCAGAAAUAAAAAAAUCUAAAUUAAAAUCCCCAACAAAAAAAUCUAAAUCAAAAUCCCCAACAAAAAAAAGAUCACCCAUCAAAGCUAAGAACACAACAACAACAAAAAAUUUAAAAAGGAAAAGAGCCGUGAAACCUGCGGAAAAUGGAAAGAAACCGAGAAAUCGAAAGAAAAAACAAAGUGAAGCCAACACGGUACAAAAAGAGGAAGAUCAUGCCGCAAGUGUUUUCAUACAAUCUCAAAACUCGCCGGUUCCGUGGGAAAACAAUUUGAUUAAUCUAAUCACGGAAGAUGUAGAGUAAAUGAAUGAGUUGCUAUGUAAACUGUUUUAUUUUGGUUAAUUUGAACUUUUUUUUUUAACAUAGAAUAAUACAACUUUUAAAUAAAGCAGCUUAAAUUAUAAAUGAAACCAAGUUUCAUAAUUUGUUUAUUAAAUUAAUAAAUUUAUUUGAAAAGUAAAUUUCGUUUCCAAAAAUAA